CAGUCCUCAUACAUCAAACACCAUGGAGUCUUUUGUCGAGGGAACCGCGUACACUUAUUUCGCUAGUGUCGAUAACACCUUGGAUUACACAUUCGACCCUCAGUUUAUCCCCUUCCCAACAGGGGAUGCACUGGACAGCUUUCUCUACCCUUACUCAUUCCCUUCAUUUCAACCACCAAUGCCUUUGUUGGAUAAUACUUGCUGCACAUCCAAUCUGGACACCAACUACAACACGUUCAACACCCAACCAGUGGCCCCUUCUCCUCCUUCAGCUUUCUCGCCCGCCUCGACCGAAUCGUUGGACUUCGCUUCAUCCCCCAGCAGUGGAGUUGCGUCACCACGAUCUCCUCCCAGAGAGAUGGAACCUGAGAACUGGGGCCCUACGGACCUGCACCAGAUGGGCUAUCUUGACGUGUCCGGCAACUGGCGCUGCCGCUACUCUGGUUGCUGCUCCUCUCGCGUUUUCCUCCGGGCAUGCGAUCUCAGGAAGCACUUCCGCGGCCACGCCAAGUAUUUCUUCUGCACCGAGGAGAAGUGCCAGCAAGCGGGUGUUGGUUUCGCGACCCGCAAGGAUUUCCAGCGACACAUGGGAUCGCACAAGCCUGCCGUUCGCUGCCUGCAUCCUGAUUGUGACCGGAUCUUCAGCCGCAAGGACAAUAUGAGGGAGCAUUACAAAAAGAUUCACCAACGUCAGAGGAACAACCUCUUCCCGCGGAAAUGCCGUGAGAUUAAGAUCAGAGAGUAUUUGGCUACUUCGCCAGAGUCAAAUUACACGGCUUACCCCGUAAACUUCUAAGAGAAAUCUCGACCAGGAGCAGGAUAUCCGGGUCUGAUAUAUGGCACUGGUCUGCCUUAAUGUUUUUUAAUGCAUUUGGGUUAAGCGUUGUGUUUUUGGUUUGGCAUUGAUUUACGGCAUUGAGCGACCAUACCCCUUUGGUGAUGGAGGAACUUUGGUCCAUACCACUCUUUUUUACAUUCACAAUCAUAUCAUUGGCCAUGC